CCUAGGAGGAUGCUGUAGAACGCAUUCUAUUCGCGGCUGGUGCAAACGGUUGGUGGGUGAAAAACUUUCACGAAAAAACAUGAAUUGUAUUGCGUGUUCUGCAAGGUGACAUAAUGCGAUACAGGUCAUGAUGUCACAGUAAUAAAGUGGGAUAAAACUCCUUUGAAAUGAAUGGCCAUCUGCCACAGUUUGUAAAAACACCGCAGAAACACGAAGGGCUGCUCCGCAAGCUUGUACAGUUUCAGCUAUGUGGGUCGUGGAAACGUCACAAACACGCAAGACCGACGCGUCUCUUGGAGCGUAUCCCGCGGCGCUUGGGAUUUCCGUUGCAGGAGUUGGUCAGCCAGGAGCUUCUUCAGGCAGGGACAGUGUUCUUGGGCUUCCUGUCCAACAGUCAGUUUGUACUGUCGUACACGGUACACUUUGAAGAGGAUGACAUGAUGGGGCUUCCUGCGUACAAGUACAGACUCCAGUGGUGGGUUUUUGUGCCCUACAGGCCUCUCGUCAAGGUAUCAGAAACUACACUGUUUGGCGACCACAAGAUCAAUGCAGAGUUGGUACUGGCUGUCUGCCAAUGGCCCGUGGAUGAAUCUAAGGUCCUUAUCUAUGGAUGCAGUGCAUGCUCGCAAGAAGAAUUUUGUCCGGUGGCAGACUUCCUCCACGAAGAUCUUCGUUGCGACCACUACCUAACAAUUGUCGGCACCCCGCCUCUUCGUCCCUGUGCCAACUGCAGUCGUCUGCCUCUUUAUCCAGAGAACUCCGCGAGCUCACCUGAGCGACGGUGCCUCCGACACGGGUUUGUGUUGCACAUGAGUUACCAGUUAGAAGGAGCACACCUGUCCUUUGUGCCUGUGCUGGCUCUCAAAUGUGACGGACUCCUCCUCCUCAACGUGGGCGACGCCCUCGUCAUCCUUCACAUCGACGUCGCCGUCAACCCCGCGAAGGAGAAACCGUCCCACUGCAACGCGGAACGUGGCGACGCUCCACAAACGCUCCUCAACCAAGCCAAAGAUGAACCCUUACCUCAGAACCACACAUCUUCAGAAGUGCUCUUCGACUCGCUACUCGAAGAACAUUUAAAGAGCAAGCGAGACUUGCCUCAGGAAGCGAAGGACCUGCGCGGAUCUGCCGUGAUGCCUGCGGACACGAAACAGGAACUUGAAGUGUCGGAUGUCAUGAAAGAGUCGUCCGGCUCAAAAUUACGGAGGGAUUCGAUGGAGUCCCACGAAUCGCAGGUGGUGUCGUCCUCGGAUUUGAAAGCGCCGGAAGACGAGGGGCCCCCGGGUCUCUCCGUCGUAGACGCCGACAUGUUGCCGGACUCCUGUGGUGACCUGAACGUGACUGGAGGACAGAGAUACUCGCGUGCCGAGAGGUUGUUUGACGCGUUGCUCAAGGAACAUCUGAACAAGAUGGAGAAGACCGGCCGCGGUCGGUCGAUGCGGAGGAGCGUGGACACUGAUGAACUGCAUGAGGGUGAAAUGUUGUGUGGUGGCCAGACCUUGUGCAGUGAAGAGGACAAUAUGAGUGCUAGUUUGCAAGUUGGCAACACUCUUGGCGGAUGUGUGUCGACGACCCGGCUCUAUUUCGCCCAGGGUAUCGAAGCUGCAGAAGAGGAGACUUGUUCCAGCUACCUACCGCUAGAAGUUCACGGUGCUGGUUACCGUCUCCUGAAGCCACGCCCCAUUGUUCCUACGACCACGUUGGGUCCUGUACUGGGGGUCUGCGAGAUCAAAUUUGACAUGGAGGCCUUUGCGGACAUUGUGGCACGGAAACUUUGCUCAGAAAAGAAGAAAGUGUACUGUGCCUUUGAGGAUUAUGACGUGCGUGUUGUCGAGGUUUUCCCCGAGGACCGAACAGCCUUGCUUCUCUUUUGUGUUCUGGUGCGAGCAGCAGACCCUGAAGGCAUGGACAGACGGUGCGACGUGGGCCGUGCGACUUACCGAGCCGGGGCGCUGCUACAGUGGAACCUGGACACGGGGCAUUACGUGAUACUCCGCAUGGAUGACCUGGAAGAAUGGGAACGUUCCGAAGAAGUGGGAAGCUGGAAAUGCAAUCACCAGAAGGUGAAGCAGGCCAGGAAGGACUGCAGGCUGCCACCACACCCAGCACGCAGUGUCACCGUCUUCACCAACAGCCCCGUUGUACAAGGAACCUCACUCACAGCACUGUGGGCACCAGGACAUCACUUUGCGAUCACAUUGUGACCUCUUUGCUUGUCACAAGAGCCCAGGAAUUGCUCAAGGUUUAUUUUCGCCAACACACAAAGUGAUGAUUCUUGUUUGUGUUUUCAUUCCAGCCAAUGAGUAAUUGACUGUGCUUUUGUUUGUUCAUUCUCACUCGCAACAAGAAAAUAAAAGACUGCUCAAAAGAUAA